AUGAGUCCAUCUCCUUCAUACCUUUUCUCUACCUUAAUUCUCCUGGUCUUAGUGGCUAUACGGGCUUAUAUUUUUACUUUUAGACGUCUUUCUCUUCCUCCUGGACCUCGAGGAAGUUUCUUUCUUGGUGUCAAGAAUCGCCUCGCCAGCUCUGCGCCAUGGAAGCAGUACGCUCAAUGGGCAAGCCAUUACGGAAGCUCGGUGAUAUCCUUCCUUAUAUAUAAUCGUCGCGUCAUCGUGCUUAACGAUAGCAAAUCUGUGCAUGACCUGCUUGACAAGCGCGCCAAUAUCUACUCGGACCGGCCAAAAGCAUGGAUGUAUCAUGAAAUAUGCGCCCGAGGAAAAUCUGUAUUUAAUAUUUCGUCCCUGGAUAGUCGUCACAAACAGUAUCGACGACUGCUCCAAGAAGGCGUCGGUGCGAUGGCAACGCUACAAUAUUCGUCACUCCUGGAUGCUAUGGCAGACAUGAUGGUGGAGGGUUUCAUCGAUAGCCCUGAAAAAUAUGUGCAUCAUUUACGGAGAAAUUCCGCCGCUGUAAUUAUGAAAGUGGCAUAUGGAUAUACCGUCACCGAGAAUGAUGACUUCAUUAAGGUCGCUGAAGAAUCCGCCAUGAUUUCUGCACAGACGCUGGCUCCUGGCAGGUGGCUUGUGGAUUACUAUCCAAUAGUCCGUUUUCUCCCGUCUUGGCUACCGUUCGCUGGUUUCAAACGGCAAGGAGCGGAGUGGAAGCAGCGCCUAGAUUCUCUUUCCGGAGUUCCGCACGAAUGGGUCAAAAAACAAAUGGCAUUGGGUAGAUACACCGAGUCAUUCACUUCCCGUCUUCUCAAUGCAAAAAGCGGGAGUGAUCCUGAGGGGGAAGACAUUAUUAAGUGGUGCGCGGGAGGUUUAUACGCGGGGGCUGCGGACACUACCGUUUCAGCUAUGAUAUCGUUCCUCAUGCUUAUGGCCCGAUACUCUCAAGUGCAAGAACGAGCCCAGGCUGAGAUAGACGACGUUAUUGGCCGGGUUGACUCGCCUCGUACAGCAGUUCUUUCCAAGUUGGUAUAUCUACCUGCGGUUCUGAAAGAGAUUCUUCGCUUCGCUCCCGUAGCCAACCUUGCACUCCCUCAUAAAGUGGUUUGCGAAGACACAUAUGGGGGCUUUCGAAUACCGAAAGACGCGACAAUAAUAGCCAAUGUCUGGGCGAUAAUGCAUGAUCCUCAACUUUACCCUAAACCCUUCGAGUUUGACCCAAGCAGAUUCGCAGAUACAAGCCACAAUUCAUUAUCUGUAAACCCAGACCCUCGUCAGUUUGCCUUCGGCUAUGGACGUCGCACAUGUCCAGGCAUUCAAUUCGCUGAAGUGUCCAUGCUGCUAUCUAUGGCCAAUAUACUCUCCAAAUUUACCAUCGCCUGUACGGAGCAGUUCCUUCCGGAAAUUGAAUUCUCCUCGGGAAUCACCAGUCACGUAAAGCCAUUCGGGAUCUGCAUCACACCUCGCACCUGAUUGCAGAAGCGAUUGGCUUAUUAUAUCGUCCUAUGUGUACCGCAGCCUUUGGCCCCGAGAACAACUUAAAUUUGGCACAAGCAGUGCCCUAUCUUGAUAUAAGUUUCAUAGACGGAAAAGUCUGGGAAGC